ACGAACUGCUCAUAAUAUUGUAAUACUGUUAAAACCAUUACAAAAGCAAUGUCUUCAAAUGACAGCAAUGGUCAGAAGAAACAGCUGACCGUCCAAAAUGUGUGUAAAGCCUUAAAGUAUGCCUACGAGCAUAACAAUGACAGGACGAAACGCAAUGCCCUUAAUUUCUUCUACGCCCACUCUCAUCUCCUACCAGAGUCGAGAGAACUCAUGAAAGGCUUCAUAAAACUUCCCAGGGAAUGUGUGCUGGAAGUUCUAGUUACCAACAAGAUGAAUCUCUCCCAGGAGGCCAUAUACACAGCAGUCAUUCAGUGGUCCGAGUGUCAGUGUGCGCAACAGUCCAAAGAUCCCACUCCAGAAAACAAGAGGGCAAUUCUUGGGGAUAUUCUUAAGAAAAUCAAAUACACGAACAUGUCCGUGGAAUUUUUUAAUAACCAGGUAGCUGCACAAAGGGUUUUGAAUGUGGAUGACAUUAUUAAGGUUUACCAGCACUUGGUAGCUCAUCGCACACCAGCAUCACAGUCAAACACCGUCAUUAUUCCAGCUUCUAGCGACUCCGAUGAUUCAGAUGUGGAGUGGGCUGUUCCACCUGAAAAUUCUACCACUUCUCAUCCACUUGGACCCCCGGUGAAUGCCACAACAGGUACCCUGUCUGACACAACAGACAUAAAUGACUCUCGGACAGUUCCACUGCCUUACUGGUUUAAGGUUCCCAGGGAUAAGUACAUUCUCUAUCGAUUUCAUACAACUUUGGCAGGAAAAUCAUACCCUCAAAAAUGCCCUGACUCGGUCACUUUCAGUGUUUCAAAAAACAUAAGUUUACAUGGAAUUUACCUUUAUGCCAGUCACCAAAACCCAGUGCAGUUUAAAUUUGACUUUAAAAUUUUAGAAAAUGGUCAGCGUGAGGCAUUUUCAGUGAUUGAUCAGUCAGUAUUAACAAACGGAGAAUCGCGAGUCUUCCUGUUGGAUAUUAACCCGCCUUUGGACAUUCGAGCAGGAAGGAAGUAUGAUAUGGUCUUAAACCUUGACAUUCAAGGAACUACCUAUUAUGGAGUUGAAGGUUUACCUGAAUUGCAGGAAAAUGGUGUCAAAUUUAAGUUUCUGCCAAACAAUCAUGGAUUGAAUGGAACUAAUCAUAAAGUUGGACAAUUUCCCUUCUUUCUCUACCUGCCAGAGUCUUGACAUUACAAAGCAUUCUGUCAGGGAUGUCAUAAUUCUGUUAUUAUCACAACUGUAAAUAAUGGACUGAACACAGCUCCAAGACUUAGUGCAUGUGUACUUGCUUCUAAAUUGUGUUAAGAUGUUUGAUUGUUAUGAGAAGCAAAUCAAAAACAUUUAGCAACUUAUUAAAUGACAUGAAUUAAA